ACCCAAAAUGCGAUGGCCCAACGAAACUAUCGAUGAUCGCCCUUCUCUAAAACAGCUGAACCUGUGGAUCCAUGCUGCGACAAUAUUCGAAAUUCAAGGCACUUGGUUUUUGUCUUCGUUUCCACACCUGCCCAAGCAUGAAGACGCGUCAACGGCUGGAUUACACCAACAAGCUCAUUCUGGCGCCCAUGGUGCGCGUCGGAACACUGCCCAUGCGGCUGUUGGCCCUGGAGAUGGGCGCGGACAUUGUUUACACGGAGGAGCUGGUCGACCUCAAGCUGAUCAAGAGCAUUCGCAGGCUCAACCCUGCCCUGGGAACAGUGGACUUUGUGGAUCCCUCGGAUGGGACAAUUGUAUUCCGCACUUGCGCCGAGGAGACCUCCCAGUUGGUCCUGCAGAUGGGCACCAGUGACGCCACGCGGGCGUUGGCCGUGGGCAAGCUACUGCAGCGCGACAUCUCAGGUCUGGACAUCAACAUGGGCUGUCCCAAGGAGUUCUCGAUCAAGGGCGGCAUGGGUGCCGCUCUGCUCGCCGAGCCGGACAAGGCAGCUCUGAUUCUACGCACACUGUGCUCCAAUCUUGACAUUCCCGUCACUUGCAAAAUCCGCAUCCUGCCGGAUGUGGACGCCACCAUCGAACUAGUGAAGAAACUGGCUGCCACUGGCAUCGCCGCCAUUGGCAUUCACGCGCGAACCCGGGAUGAGCGACCCCAGCAUCGGCCGCAUCCGGACGUCCUGCGAGCCGUGGCCCAGGCAGUGUCCAUACCCAUCAUCGCCAAUGGCGGAUCGCGUGACAUGCACAAGUACGAGGACCUGCGCAGCUUCCAAAGGGAAUGUGGCGCCGCCAGCGUGAUGGUGGCUCGAGCUGCGCAGCUCAACGUGAGCAUCUUCCGGCCAGAGGGCCUGCUGCCCAUGGACGAUGUCAUUGACAAAUAUCUGCGCCUGUGCGUUGACUACGACAAUGCGCCGCACAACACCAAGUACUGUGUGCAGAGCAUCCUCCGGGAGCUGCAGGAGACGCCGCGCGGCAAGCGCUUCCUUCAAUGCCAAACCCUGCAGCAGAUCUGCGAGAUUUGGCACCUGGGCGACUACUGUCGGCGGAAGCAAAAGGAACUGAAGACCCUUGGCAAUUCGGGACGGGCGGAUGUUGAGCCGCCGGAGGCGCAGGCCAAGCGUCGAAAACUGGAGGCGGCGGCCAAUGCGAUAACGGACGAGUACACCAACGUCAUUUGCAGGAAUAUGCCCUUUCUGCGCUCCACGUAUCCGAAUUCCGAUCAUCUGCCAAAGACGCUGCUCUAUGUCCAUGCGGGUAGGGAGGGCAAGACGGCGCCCGCCUACGAAACGCAGCAGUGCGACAAACUCUUCCGGGCCAUUUGCACCUUCGACGGACAGCGCUACAGCAGCACGUUUUGGGAAAAGAACAAGAAGCAGGCGGAGCAGGGAGCAGCUCUGGUGGCCUUGCUCUCCCUCGGUCGGCUGGAGGAGGAGCCGUUGCGCGAGAACGGAAGUCUUCUCAACUAACUGACGGCCUUGAAUGUUUCGUGUUGUGUAAUGUAAAUCUAUUUCACCUUAGCUGACUUUUGUUUUCUUUAAUAAUAAACCUAGUAAAUGGGUUUGCCAAGAUA